AUGUCUGAAAGUGAUGAACCAAAUCUAACACAUGACAUCGAUUGGCCUAUGCUCGAUAAAGCUCGAUUUAUUCCAUUAAAUCUUCUAUCAACAUUUAUUGUUCGUUCAUUUUUAUAUCCAGUUACACUUGUUCGCACUCGUCUACAAGUUCAAGUAAAAUCAUCUAUAUAUAGAGGUACAUGGCACGCAUUACGCACAACAGUUCGCUAUGAAGGCUAUCGUGCAUUAUAUAAGGGUUUUCUUGUUUAUAAUUGUCAAUUAGUACCUGGUUUAAUUUAUAUAACAACAUUUGAAGCAACACGUGCUCGUGCUAAUAUUUUAACUAAAAAUGAAUAUUUACGUGCUGGUGUCGGUGGUACUAUAGGUUCAUUAUGUUCACAAAUACUUGCAUAUAGUAUAUCAUCAAAAUCGGAUUCAAAAUUUUCAAAUAAAUCAUCAUCAAAUUCUCUUCAUCAUCGACACAUUCCUCGUAUACAUGUACCUACAGAAAUGCGUACUAAUAAUUAUUUAAUAUUUAAACAUAUAUGUACAGCAUUAUUAUAUGAAAAACAUACAGAUAAAAAUAUGCAAUCAGGAAUUACUUUAAAAGGUUUUUAUCGUGGUUAUUUAAUAUCAACAUUUCUAUUUAGUUUAACAAGUGCGAUUUGGUGGCCAUCAUAUUAUUAUUAUCAAAGACAAAUGUUUAGAAUUGAAGAAAUAUUUUCAAAUCAUAUUUCAUUACCAUUAAUUGUUAUUCAAUGUAUUGCUGGUCCUUUAUCAUCGCUUACAUCCACUAUGCUUACAAAUCCACUUGAUGUAUGUCGUACUCGUAUACAAGUUGAACAACAACGAAGACGAAUAACACAAAUUAUGUGUGAAUUAUGGCAAGAAGAACGUUUUCAUAUAUUUACAAAAGGUUUAACAGCUCGUUUAUCACAUUCCUGUAUUUAUUCAUUAUUGAUUAUAUUUGCAUAUGAAACUGUUAAACGAGUUUCAUUAAAACAAGAAUAUCAAGGACAUUGUUUUGAUAAUGAUUUAGUUCAUUGUAUUUUUCUUUCUUUUGGGUAA